AUGAGUAAUCACACCGAUGAGGAUCCCAUGGAUCAAGAUAGUUGUACAAGCACGAGCGACGAAGCGAAUCUGCAGCUGGAUCGUGAAUUACAACAAAGCGAAGGAACCACUUACACAGCGACUGAGCCGUCCCGGCAAACUAUUCCAGUUGGGAUUUCACCUGCCUAUGUGAAAGGCUGGGACUCUACAGAUGCAUUUCGCGAGCUAUACCAAAAUUGGAAAGAUGCUAUUCUAGGAAGAUUUCAGCUAAACCGGUUGGAUUUCAAGCCAUUCUAUGAAGACAAGAAAGACUAUUUCUCCAUCAUAGUCCCGACUACCUCGAAUGACAACGGCAAUCGGCGAGCUCUGGGGUACAUAAAAUAUGAGAAAAAGACCGGUCGAGUCACCUUGACCAAUUCCUGCAUGCAACUUCCCGUGGAGUCUCUCGUGAUGGGGUUCACAUCCAAGGACAACCAAGACCAGCUGGCAGGCUCCCAUGGUGACGGGCUCAAGCUGGCUGCGUUAAUAAUGAGUCGAGACGGAUAUAAAAUGAGCGUGGCUGCAAGCCACUGUAGGUGGAGUUUUGGUCUGCAUGGGACGUCCCAGUCUCUCCGUUGUGUCAUCACUCCUUCCCGAAAGAUGAGUCCAGCCAUUCAACGAGACCCAGCUGAUGAUAUGGCAAAGUUGCGGUUCCAGGAUGAAAGAGACAUCACGGUAAUGAUUGGGGCUGGACGUGCCAAUCAAAGUCGACCGGUAUCGUCUGAAACAUUCUUCGGGUGGCUGCGAGUCACUCUCGAUAUUCGCGGGCUCUCCUAUCCCCCCUCGAUUGUAGAAACGCCCCGAGGAGACUUGCUUCUUGAUUCGCAGUUCCACGGAAAGCUCUUCCUUCAUGGGAUCCUGCUACCAAUGACUACUUCAGGGGUCAAGCACUACAAGUUUGGUUACAACUUUGCUCUGGGUAAGUUCAGCCGUGAUCGACACGGAAUGGUCGCCAAGUAUGAGGUGGCAGAUCAGGUGCGGCAAAUAUGGCAGUGUGCCCUGCACAUGCACGAGCAUACUUUACUUCCAAUUUAUGUCAAUCUCCUUCAGAACUUCCCCCAGGUGGGCGAUAUUGAACAAGCCGAUAGACUUUUGGAACCGUCUACCACGGCCCGUGCGACCGCGGCCUGA